AUGCCCCGAGUGCUCGCAGGGCUCCCACUAACCAUGCCACAGCCGCCGGCAGCUACCUUGGCGCUGCCCCUGCUACUGCUACUGCUGGUGGUGCGGACGCCGCCCCCGACUGGCGCGCGGCCGUCCCCUGGCCCCGAUUACCUGCGGCGCGGCUGGCUGCGGCUGCUGGCGGAGGGCGAGGGCUGCGCUCCCUGCCGGCCAGAGGAUUGCGCCGCGCCACGGGGCUGCCUGGCCGGCAGGGUGCGCGACGCGUGCGGCUGCUGCUGGGAAUGCGCCAACCUCGAGGGCCAGCUCUGCGACCUGGACCCCAGCGCCCACUUCUACGGGCGCUGCGGCGAGCAGCUUGAGUGCCAGUUGGACGCAGGCGGCGACCUGAGCCGCGGAGAGGUGCCGGAGCCGGUGUGUGUCUGCCGCUCGCAGCGCCCGCUCUGCGGUACCGACGGCCGCACCUACGCGCAGAUCUGCCGCCUGCAGGAAGCCGCCCACGCUCGGCCCGACGCCAACCUCACUGUGGCGCACCCAGGGCCCUGCGAAUCGGAGCCCCAGAUUGUGUUGCACCCAUACGACAUUUGGAAUGUGACGGGGCAGGACGUGAUCUUUGGCUGUGAGGUAUUUGCCUACCCCAUGGCCUCCAUCGAAUGGAGGAAGGACGGCCUGGACAUUCAGCUGCCAGGGGAUGACCCCCACAUCUCUGUGCAGUUUAGGGGUGGACCCCAGAGGUUUGAGGUGACGGGCUGGCUGCAGAUCCAGUCUGUGCGUCCCAGCGAUGAGGGCACCUACCGCUGCCUGGCCCGCAAUGCCCUGGGCCAGGUUGAGGCCCCAGCUAGCCUGAGAGUGCUCACACCGGACCAGCUGAACUCCACAGGCAUCCCCCAGCUGCUGUCCCUGCACCUGGUUCCUGAGGAGGAGGCUGGGAGUGAAGAGGGCGAGGAUUACUACUAGGCCUGGAGCUCUGGCCCAUGGGGGUGGGUGAGUAGGGAUAGUGUUCAUCCCUGCUCUUGAAAACAUCUGCAAAGAGGGAGUAGGGCCCCUUCAUAGAUUGCUUUAGUGCCCUUAGUAGGGGAGAUCUGGUGUGUGUGUGGGGGGGAGACAAACUUGGAGGAGGGUAAGGAGAGAGGCAGAGACUAGGGGAGGUGGGAUGCAAAGGGGCCCAUGCAAGAGAUGCCCUGGCCAGGACAGUCUCCAGUGUGGACCAACCAGGCAGAAGGCAACAGCUGCAUGCUGGUCUCCAGGCUGGGGUCAGGGGCCGGGGUGGGUGGUGGUACAGACACUAGGAUCCUCCACUUCUUUCUGGCAGCCUUCCCUCCAGCCCUGCUCAGCCAGUCUUCCUAACUGCCCUUCCCCACAGCUCCUGCUAAUAUUUUCCUACUCCUAAGCUUUGCCUCCUGAGCUUUGCCUCAGUUUACCCUUACUCAAAACUCACCUUCUAGAAAUUUUCCCUCUCUGCUAAGCCCCAAGUGCACUUACUAACUGCAGUCCUCUUUGCUAUUCGCCAUCUGCUGUCCAGGAGAGCACAGUGGAUCAUGGUUUAGUUCAGUGCAGUAAGAUGGGCAUUUGGUCAUGUCUAAUUUCUCCUGUCAUUCUGGAAACUCCAAAAGACCAGCAUCAUAUUUUAUACCACUCUGUAUUGGACAAUGCCUAGCACAGGACUAGGCACAGUAGGCAUGCAAUAAAGAUUUAUGAACAAACUGA